AUGGCGUCGGCUGCCAUAUUUUCAUCCUUACGCCGGAGCAGGUCGCCGACGUUAGAAGCUUGCUUAACGCCGGUGGAUCUAGAAAACGAUGUCGUUGCCUUAUUGAACCACUUAACCGCUGUCUCAUCGGACCUCAUCUCUUCAUUCUCCGGCAAACGCCCACCGUUUCAGAAAAAGAAUUCCCAAUCUUUGCUGCGGAAGAUAGAAUUGUUCGUCGUUUUGUUGGAUUCUGUCCGGGAUUCAACCUCCGAUUUUCCUUCAACGGUGAUCUUAUGCUUCAAGGAGCUUUACCUUCUGCUUAACAGGUCCAAAAUUUUGCUUGACUACUGUGCUCAAUCCAGUAAGUUAUGGCUUUUGCUUCAGAAUCAUUCGGUUUCUGGACAUUUUCAUGAUCUUAAUCGAGAAUUUUCAACGCUUUUAGAUGUUAUCCCGUUGUACAAACUGAAUAAUUUAUCCAAUGAUGUUAUAGAGCAAUUAGCUUUGUUACAAAAACAAUCAAGAAACGCUAAAUUGUUCAUAGAUAAACAUGAUGAUGCAUUACGUUUAAAGUUGUUCAAGAUGUUGAACGAAAUUGAAACAGGGAGAAUCCCUUCUGUACAAGAAUUCCAUGAAUUCUUCGUCAAAAAAUUGGGGAUUCUUGAUGCUACGAGUUGCAGAGCUGAACUAGAAUUCUUGGAAGAACACAUGCUGAAUCACGAAGACGAUAUCGAGCCUUCAGCUUCUAUUCUUAGUGGGUUUAUCGCAAUGAUCAGAUACUGUAGAUUCUUAUUAUUCGGAUUCGAAGAAGAUGAAGUAGAAAUCACAAGAGGACAACGAUUACAAAAUUCGAAGAAACGAGCGUUGAUUUCAAAAGAAAUCGCCGAUACUUUUAUAACAAUUCCGAAAGACUUUUGCUGCCCGAUUUCAUUAGAAUUAAUGGCGGACCCUGUGAUAAUCUCAUCCGGGCAGACUUACGAUCGAGUUUCGAUUUCAAGAUGGAUCGAAGAUGGCCAUUGUUCAUGUCCGAAAUCCGGACAACUUCUUCUUCAUAAAAAGCUUGUACCAAAUAAAGCACUCAGGAAUCUAAUUACACAGUGGUGCAUAGCUCACCGGAUUCUUUACAGUCCGCCGGAGAAUUCAGAUAUGGCUACUGAAUCUUUUCCGGCAGCCCCAGCAAGCCGGGCGGCGGUGGAAGCAAAUAAAGCCACCACACGGCUCCUUAUUCAAGAACUGCGAGAUGGGUCGGUUUCCGGUAAAGCCAUGGCUGCUCGUGAAAUCCGAUUAUUGGCAAAAACCGGUGGAGAAAACAGAGCUUUUAUAGCGGAAUCCGGUGCAAUUCCAUAUUUAAGGAUUCUUCUCUUUUCCCAAAGCGUCGUAGCCCAAGAAAAUGCUGUGACAGCAAUGCUGAAUUUAUCGAUACACGAUGAUAAUAAGAGUCUGAUUAUAGAGGAAGAUGGGUGUUUGAGAUCGAUCGUUCACGUUUUAAGAUUCGGGCAUACGGUUGAAUCCCGAGAAAAUGCCGCCGCUACAUUGUUCAGUCUUUCCGCCAUUCAUGAUUACAAAAAGAAGAUCGCCGGAGAAAAUGGAGCUAUUGAGGCAUUAUCGGCUUUAUUAUCUAAAGGAACACUGAGAGGGAAGAAAGACGCGGUUACCGCUUUAUUUAAUCUCUCGACACACACCGAAAUCUGCACGGAGAUGAUCGGAUUUGGUGCAGUUCGAGCUUUAAUCGAGGCAUUAGGAUGUGAAGAGGUGGCGGAAGAAGCUGCCGGAGCUCUGGCGUUGAUUGUCCGGCAACCUGCCGGAGCCGCUGCAGUUGGGGCGGAAGACUUGGCGGUAGUCGGUUUAAUCAAGAUGAUGAGGUGUGGGACGCCCCGAGCGAAGGAGAACGCGGUGGCAGCUUUACUUGAGCUUUGUCGGAGUGGCGGUGUUCAGGCGGCUGAACGGAUCUUGAAAACUCCGGCGAUGAUUGGUUUGCUUCAGGGUUUGUUGUUUACGGGAACAAAACGGGCACGGAGGAAAGCGGCGUCUCUAGCUAGGGUUUUCCAACGAUGUCAUAAUGCUUCAUUGCAUUAUGGUGGAUUGGGUGUUGGUUAUGCCUUUGCCGGAGACUCUGCCACUGGAAACCCUGAUUCAGGGUUUUCCGGUGAGACGGUGACAGUUUCGAUGUCGAUGUCUGUCUCAGUUUCGUGA